UAAACUGAAGUUUUGAAUCAUUUUCUAAUCUAGAAAAAAAAAAGAUAAAGGUUGCAACUUUACUCUCUUUCCUUCCAUUGGCUAAAGUAUUGAACUAAACCAAACAAGUUUCAACAAACUGGUGUUGAUUCAGUGGACUUAUGGCCACAGCUCGUUGACUAAAAGGUUUAUGAAUCAUCAGAUGUGAUUAUCAAUCAAAACAAUAAGAAAAGGGAGAGACUUUGUGAUUUCUUGAGCAACAAUGCGUCAGGCAGGAUCAGCAGGUCAUCAACACUGUGAUUUCACGGCGGCGUCUUACUUCUCAUGGCCGACAUCAAGCAGGCUGAGCAACGCUGCGGAGGAGAGGGCUAACUACUUCUCGAACCUGCAGAAGGAGGAGGAUGAUGAGGAACAAGAGGAGGUUUCUCCUGAACCAGCAUCUGCAGAGCCUAAAGGGCAACGAGCAACCACUUUGCUUGAGCUCAUGACCAUAAGAGCCUUCCACAGCAAGAUCUUGCGCUGUUACAGCCUUGGAACCGCUAUUGGUUUCCGGAUCCGGAGAGGGGUUCUCACGGAUAUACCUGCUAUCAUUGUGUUUGUGUCUAGGAAAGUUCAUAAACAGUGGCUUAGCCCUCUUCAGUGUCUUCCUACUGCUCUUGAGGGAGCUGGAGGGAUAUGGUGUGAUGUGGAUGUGGUGGAGUUUUCUUAUUUUGGAGAGCCUGAUCAUCAGCCUACACCUAAACAAACAUUCACCACUGAUAUUGUUGAUCAUCUCCAAGGAUCUGAUCCCUUCAUUGGAUCAGGCUCUCAGGUGGCAAGCCAGGAGACUUGUGGGACUCUGGGGGCAAUAGUGAGGAGUCAGACAGGAGGUAGACAAGUUGGGUUUGUGACUAACCGUCAUGUUGCUGUUAACUUGGACUACCCAAGCCAGAAGAUGUUUCAUCCUCUCCCUCCUGCACUUGGCCCUGGGGUCUACCUUGGAGCCGUUGAGAGAGCCACUUCCUUCAUCACUGAUGAUCUCUGGUUUGGCAUUUUCGCUGGCACCAAUCCAGAGACGUUUGUGAGAGCAGAUGGAGCAUUCAUCCCUUUUGCAGACGACUACGACCUGUCACGUGUCACAACGUCUGUCAAAGGUGGAGUAGGAGAGAUUGGAGAGGUCAAAGCAAUUGAGCUGCAGUCUCCGGUUGGGAGUUUAGUAGGGAAACAGGUGGUGAAAGUUGGGAGAAGCUCUGGUUUGACUACAGGAACUGUUCUGGCUUAUGCUUUGGAGUAUAAUGACGAGAGAGGAGUCUGCUUCCUCACUGACUUCCUUGUUGUUGGUGAGAACCAUCGCAGUCCUUUUGAUCUUGAAGGAGAUAGCGGAAGCUUGAUAGUGAUGAAAGGAGAGGAGGAGAAUGCAAGGCCUAUUGGGAUCAUAUGGGGAGGUACUGGUAGCAGAGGGAGGCUGAAACUUAAAGUGGGUGAGUCUCCAGAGAGCUGGACUACUGGUGUUGAUCUAGGAAGACUUCUUACUCAUCUCCAGCUUGAUCUAAUCACUACUGAUGAAGGGUUGAAAGCGGCGGUGAAAGAACAACGAGCGGCCUCAACAACGGGAAUGAGCUCAAUGGUUGCAGACUCAUCACCUCCAUACGUGAAUCUCAAGAAAGAGAAGAGAAGCCCUGAAGAGAAGUUAGAGGCGUCGUUAGGGCCUCUCCAGGUGCAACACAUUGAUCUUGAAGAGAGGAUAGAAACAAAAGGAGGUCCUCCGAGUGUGGAGCACCAGUUCAUGCCGAGCUUCAGCGGUCAGUGUUCAGUGUCUUCUUGGCCCGAGACUGCUAGAGAGGAUAUUGUUGCCGGUCUUGCAAAUGGUGGAUGCGAUGGGGAUUUAUGUGUAGGACUGCGUUUAGGGGAAGGGGACAAUGGAGGUAAACGCAGACGCACUGAGAUGACCAAGGAUAGAAUGAGACCCGCUGAAUAGAGACAAAAGGUCAAUAACUUUUGUCGCCUUGAUGAUUGAUUUGUCUUCCUAUUUGCCCACACUUUCAUUGGAAAUGUCAUUCGGACUAGAACAUAGCCAACUUUAGCUUCAGUUUGAUUGUCUUUUUUUUCCUUCUGUUUGUCUAUUAUCCCAUUUGUCAGUGUUCAUCAUUGUAUCAUUGAUGUCAUAAUUAACUUUUGAAGUUGAAAAUGAACAUUGGGCCAUUAUGUAA